ACUCUGUGAAAAUGUUGGAAAGUACAGUUGCAGCUGAAAAUUCAGUUCUAAUUCAUCAUCAAGAACAAGCAGCUAAAAUUAGAAUGGAAGAGGAGAGAAGAAAGUGGGUAAGUCAAAUAGAGCAACAGAAACAGGAACAGCUGGCCCUGCUUAAACACAUUGAAGAAGAGAGAGCACGUUUGGAGGCUGAAUUUCUGAAGAUCCAAACUCAAACCUGUUUGGAGGAGGCUAAGAAAAAAAAAGAGGAGGAAGAGCAAGGUCAGCUGGUACAAAGCCACAGUCCUUCUACAGAUGAGCAGAACAAAGUGGAACAUGAGACUGGAAAUACUACUACUGUGUCAGAAACCAGGAGUCCUAGAGAAGACAGCCAUUUACAGAUGAUUCGUAAUUAUCAACAACGCCUUCUACAGCAAAAUAGGCUGCACAAACAGACCGUUGAAGAAGCUAAAAAGCAUCUACAGGAGUAUCAGAAUAAACUGAAGCAAAGAUACUUAUCUGCUUCUGCAAUACCUCUGAGCUCUGUGGAAACAAAAUCAAUUAAUUUAAAGCCUGUCUCAGAACCACUUCUACAGAGGCAAGGGGUGCAACCAACACCAUACCAAUCAUCUGAACAAGUUCACACACAAGAGUAUGCGCAGUUGCUACCUGUGUUUUCAGGAGCAUUGCCUAUGUUGGAAAAACCGUCUUCACAGAAACGUGAAGAGCAAAUGCGUAACGUUUGUCCUGGCAGAGCUGUGCAGUUUUUAGAAGCAUCAAAAUUGAAGCAUGGAGAGUUUCUCUUGCCAUGUGGCUGUCUUUCACAGGAACAAGUGGGAAUGUUGGAAACCUCCAAUCAUCACAUCAGAGAGCCAUCUCAGUUCCAGUUACCGUCAGAAUUGGUCAUGAAAGAUGUUGCUGCAGUCAGAAUGCAACCAGAAGCAUGUGUACAACACGUUAGGUUUGGUUUGGCUGCAGAAGAUUCAUCUGAGCCUUUGGAAACAGUGUACUUUAAAGAGUCAUCUCAGAAGUUGCCUAACCAUCAAACAGAGACAGAAGAAGCUGGAGAAGAACCUCCACUUAAGACACCCCUCUUGCCAGCAACAAAGGGACCUCCUAUAGUUCAGGCAGCCUCAGCUGAUUCUUUGGCAUAUCGGCAGGGAUCUGCAGAGAGCACCAUCAAAACAAGCCUUGAACAGCCGCUCAAUCUUUCUGAACCCAUGACUUUGUCUCAUGAAGAACCUAAAGCCCAGGGUGUUAAGGAAUUCUUGAUAUCAAAAACGGGAGACGCAUCUUUGUUAAACUAUUCUGGUAUACAGAAUUUAAGGGACAGGGUGUUGGCCUCAUCAGAAAGCAUCCAAGCUCAGCAGAAGUAUUUGAAAGAAUUGCAAGAGCAGCUAGAUGCACAAAGAGAAGCUCUUCUUUUUAGACAGAAAAUACAAGAACAACUACUUUUACAGAAGCAAGAGAAAUUGAAGGAACAGAUGCAGAGACAGCAAGAGGCUUUGAAAGAAUUUCUGAACAAGCAGGUGAGACAUACCUGUACAAAUGAAGAAACGACAGAGGCACAAAAGCCUGACUGGAGUGAUAGGACUGACUUUUUCCAAGUCUCAGUAAACUACCAGCAAGAGAAUUGCGGCAGGAAUACAUUUCAGAGAAGUGAAAUGAUUUCGCAGUGUAUCGGUCCAGCUGAGCAAACUGAAGAAUCUGAGAAAGUUCUAUGUAGAGGACAGAAAUGGACAUCUUCCAAACCACCUGUGGCAAAAGUGAAAUUAGGGCUUGAUUUGGAGCAACAUGAACUUAGUGUUAUACCAGAGGUAGACACACCAAAGAGUUGCAACAUUUCUUUUGCAGAUAAAACAGCUUCUGUUGGUGGAGAAUCUUCCCCCAUUUCAACUGCUGGGGAAUUUGCAUGUGUGAAACGUUACAGUCAUGCUCUUUGGGAGGAAGGCAAGUUACCUUCGAGCAUAACAGGCCGCAAGGAACAAAUCUCUAAUGGAUGUCCAAGGCAAAGUAAACAGUCAAAUAGAUUGUUACAAGAGGUGCUCAUGAUGACUGCUGAAAAUUCGUAUGAUUCAGGCCAGUCCCAGGAUUCUCAAGUGGUUCAAGAUUCAGCAGUUCUUGCUACUGAAAUUGGAGAGAGAGUUACAACGUGUUCUGGACCAUCAUUCAGACUUGAUAAUACGGAAGCACUUUGUAAAGUCGUAUCCACCAACUUGGGUUCAGAGGCUUUCAUGCGAGGAAUAUCCUGUGAUUUAUCUUCAACAGUUUCCACUGGAAGCUUUUUGACUAGUGAAACGUUGGAUGUAAGCCCUGUUGACACUGGGUUGUCUUCUGAUAGUACGGAAAACCAGAUUUUGAGAGAGACAGCAAGCUGCCCUUGGAACAACUCGCUGCCUUUUACCUUGCCACAGAGGCAAGAGAAUUUGUCUGGAGCAUCUGAAACUCAGUUGCCUGAAGGAAAGGUGUGCCUUUAUAAAGGAAGCCAGAUACAGCAGGUCUUGGGGAAAUGUGCUGGAGACUUGAACUCUUACUCAGAGGACAAUAUGCGCUUCCAAGCUCUAGCAGCUGAACUUGAUUUUCCUGAAAUGGAGAGACCUUUUCCGAACUUCCAUUACCAGGUCUUUCAGCCUUUGGAACCAAGUCUUGACUCUGAUACUUCAUCAUCCUGUUCUCAAUACAGAAUUCCACAAGACAGCAGAGAAUUUAGCAAGACUUCAAAACUUUCAACAAAAAAUCAAGACAUGUCUACGUUUCUAGAAGUGGGAAACUCCAGUUUGAAUGUCCAAAGCAGCAGUCUGCCUUCUAGCCUUGAAACAAAAGGGCCAAGCAACAUUACAUCAGAAAAAGAGUCUAUUAAAGAAAAUGUUACUCCAGGCUCUGAAGAAUCUUUUCACCCACUGCAAUUAGAAUCUACCCUGAGCGAUCACUGUCAGAGUGCUGACCGGCUAGUGGACCUUAACGCUAUGUUACAGAGAUCUUUUGAACAAACCCCUGGAACUAACAAAUGGGGCGAUGAGAACUGUAUUUCAUCUCCCAGAGAAUACGAAGAACUGGCAAGAAAGACAGAAUGUAUUAAUCUCCAGUGUUCAAUGGAAGAUCUGCGAAACAAAAGUCUGAAUCCACUGGAAGAGCAAAAAUUGUUUUGUCAGCUAAAUACCACACCAGUCACAGUGGGCGAAACUUUCCCUCAAGGCUUAUUAAAAGAGACUGUGUCUUCUGAAAAAUUACCUGUGGAGGCAUUUGAUAAGGAGUAUGUGAAGCUUCCUGAAAAAUCAUUUCAUGUACAUGAAGCAAGUAAAGCUGUGGAGCUGGAUUCUCACUGCGAUACAAAUGUGAAGGAGCCAGAUGAAGGCUUUCCAGAAGAACAAAAAUCUUUGAGGGUUGCCAGAGAAGCCAACUUGGAAGACUCAGGCAUCUGUUCACAGGCUGUGGUACAACAGAAUGGUUCUUUCCUGGAAAGACAUGAAAAACAUUCUACUUCUGUGCCCAGAAGCUCGUGUCUUAUUCCAGUCUGGGAGACUGAGUCAGGGCGUGGUAUUAUGGAAGAACCUGAACUCACUCUGAUAAGCUCAAACGACAUCAGUAUUGCAGAAUCAGACAUUGAAUGUACUAACCAAGAGAAAAAUAAGGAGAAUAAAAUCAAUAACCCAGCACGUGUGGAUCAGUCUGAAUUCAGUGUUUUUACUGAGGAGCAAGCAUUUUUCCCACUAGUUCCAGAUGCGGAUUAUUCAGUGUUGGUGAGGCCUGACAGUUCUUCCAAAGCCCAGAGCCCCAAUGACAGUCACUUUCCAUCACAUCAAACUGCAGUGAUGCUGCUGGAGUUUGCAGCUACACCUGGAAGUUUGCAAGAAUCUUUUUUAAAAAGAAAGAAGAACUUCAUCCAGAAAUCUCUGAAAAGAGUAGAAGAAAUAAAAAAUAGAGAGAAAGAAAGUGAAAAGCCAGAAGCCAGACAGUUUCAAAGAGGAAAGUCUGAGAAGUUAGGCAGGCAAAAGGAGUCUUGCCAGAUCUCUGGAAAAAAAGGUGCAGUUGCCAAUCAGUUGAAGAAAGUAGGAGAAGUGAAAGUGUCUUCUCCAGAGGACAGGAAGUCUGGAGAAAUUGAAAUGCACCAGCGUACUUUAAGACUUUAUAAUCAACUUGCAGAAGUAAAAAUGAGAAAGGAAGAAAAAACAAGGCAAGAAACUUACACUAAAAACAGAGAAAAGGCCAAAGAGUUUCAAAAGAAAAUGCUGGAAAAACUACGAGCCAAGAAGACUUGGAAAGCACCGUGA